ACAAAAACUAAACCUAGCCAUUAAUAUUUUACAACUCUUUUAAGAUGGUCAUGGGAUCUAAUAAUUCAUACUAUUACUAUCAUUGUAGUUUGUGUUCCUCUAUGUUUUUGUUUUUGUUUGUGUUUGGAAAUGGAAUGGCCUCUGCACAAUUGUCCUCAAAUUACUAUGCAUCGAGCUGCCCAAGAGCUCUCUCAACCAUUCAAAGUGUGGUGAAUAAUGCAGUCUUCAAGGAGCAUCGCAUGGGCGCUUCCCUGCUCCGUCUUCAUUUCCACGACUGCUUUGUCAAUGGAUGUGAUGCAUCUGUACUGUUAGAUGACACUGCAAGUUUUACUGGGGAGAAGACAGCAGGCCCAAAUAAAGAUUCAUUGAGAGGAUUUGAUGUUAUUGAUUCCAUUAAAUCUGAACUCGAGAGUAUCUGUCCUGGAGUUGUCUCUUGUGCUGAUAUUUUAGCUAUUGCUGCUCGCGAUUCUGUUGUAUUUUUGGGUGGGCCAACAUGGACAGUUCAAUUAGGGAGAAGAGACUCAACUACUGCAAGCUUAAGCAGUGCAAACAGUGAGCUGCCAUCCCCAUUCAUGGAUCUUAGUGACCUCAUUUCUGCCUUCUCAAACAAAGGUUUUACUACUACAGAUAUGGUUGCUCUUUCAGGAUCUCAUACAAUAGGCCAAGCUGGUUGUGUAACAUUCCGUCGCCGCAUCUACAACGAGACCAACAUUGAUUCGUCACUCGCAACCUUCCGCAAAUUCAACUGUCCAGCCUCAGGCAAUGACACCAACCUCUCUGCACUCGACGCCACCACCCCUCUCAUCUUUGACAACGCUUACUUCAAGAAUUUGGUGACCAACAAAGGCCUCCUGCAUUCGGACCAACAACUCUUCAAUGGUGGUUCCACCGACUCUCUGGUCACCACUUACAGCAACAGCCCUGCAACUUUCUACACCGACUUUGCCACUGCCAUUGUGAAAAUGGGGAACCUUGGCCCUCUCACCGGAAGCAGUGGUCAGAUUCGAACGAAUUGCAGGAAAAUAAACUAAGGUGCUUCUGUGAUGUAUGUUUUAUUUUAUUUUAUUUUAUUUUUGAUCUGGUCCAUGAUUUGAAUAAUGUGAUACAAAAGCAAAGUAUAUCACUGUAUUCAUGGGCUUUGCUAAUUGUGUAGUUUCUGUUUUCUAAGAUGUGUGAAGAAUGAUUGCUGUGUUGUGUGCAAAUAAUAGACGAGAAGCUUACUAGAGAGGCUGUUUUCUGGAGGCUCAAGAUUUCUAGUUUAACAAAAUAUAUCCAAUUCCAUUACCUGGCUACAUCAGAAUCCAUCCAAUUUUAAACAGAGUGAAUUCUGACAAAUCCAAUCUGAUAUGAUUUUAAAUGGAUUCAAAUUUGGAUUGGGUAUUAUCAAAUUUGUUAAAUUUGGAUUCAAAUGGAUGACUAAUCGGAUCAGAUUGGAUUUUUCUGGAUCCAGUCCAAGUCCGAUCUGCUGAUAAGUCUAGUUUUUGAUAUGUAGCCUUAAAAUAACUUAAAACAGUAAGGAUAUGUGUAACACUAUGGAUAAAAGAUGCAAAAUGUCAGAAAAUAAUCAAACACUCUUCUUUCUUGUAUG